AUGAUGAGAAUUUUCACCAUUUGCAAUUCAACAAGAGAAGAUAAAGUUGUUAAUUUAGCACUAAAAUGUCGUAAAUUUGGUGAGAAAUGGAUUGAUCACAUUUCCAAAAGUAUUCAAAUUAUAUCUCCAUCAACUUCAGACGAAGUAGAAAAACUUCGUCUUAAAAUGGUAACUGUUGGCGUUUCUUGUAUCUUAACAUUUUCAACCGACCAACAAAAAAUUAACCUCUUAUUGCCAUCAAAUGAACAUAUUGUAUCCUUACUAAAAGCAGCAACUACCGUUCACGAUAAUAUAAUAUUAACCAAGAAUCGGAACAAUGUGAGUACUUUUAUAAGAAAUAUUAUGAGAUUUAGUGAACGGGUCUUAGUAAUGAUACAAUCAACGGUUGCCAGAUUUCUACAGAAAACACUCUAUCAAGGUUUGAAUGAAUUUACAGUGAUUUACUGGGCAGUCACCAAAAGAAAAGGCAACAUGAACGAACAUUGGACUAAACGAACAGAAAACCCAUAUGAUGGUUGGUACGAUUGUCAAUAUGAGUCGAAAGUUAUAUCAAUUGAUUUUAUAAAAGGAACUUUUCUGAUCGAUAAUAUGACUAUAGGCUUUUUACCUGACAAAAUUAUCUUCCACGAUUUAUUUGUUCGUGUAUUUGGUGACCAUGUUUUUGAAGUUCAAGCGGCCGAUUCACCUAAUGCGUACAUUACUAAACAUUCGUAUCAUGGUAAUGGGCUUGUUCAAUACGAAUUUCAUUUCAAUGAUCGACAUAGCCACUUGAUUAUUAGAGAAUGGUACAUACAGACAAAUGAUAUCCUUCAAUUGAUUCCUCAUAAAUUUUUCAAGAAUGAGCUACCAAAUAUGUUUGUUUUCAAUCACAGCCAUUGGUGGAAUGCAAGAAAUCAAAGAAUCCAGUUUCGUCCCGUUCAUUUUACAGAUAUCAAUUUUUUAACUAAUAAACCUUACAUAUUGCCUCUGAAGACAGGAUAUGUUACUACAACUGAAGAAGUUAAUACACAAAUUUUGAUCAAUCAAUCAUCAGCACUUUUUCAAAGCUUAUUUAAUCGAUAUUUUGUUCGUCUUGAUAAUAAACCCUAUAUAUAUAUAUGA